UGUAUUUUUAAAAGUCGGGCGACUAAAUUCAAGACCAUGGGUGCGGCAGCGCUACCUUUUAUCAUUUUCACGGUAUUGUGGGGCGGGGUGGGCAUUGUUUUGCCCUUUAUCGUGCCGAAAGGACCCAACAGGGGCAUAAUUCAAGUGAUACUGAUGUUGACCGGUGUGUGUUGCUGGCUGUUCUGGCUUUGCUGCUAUGUUGCACAGAUGAACCCCCUCAUCGGGCCCCGAUUGGACAAACACACGAUAUUGGUUAUGGCUAAACAAUGGGGAAACCCUUUGCAGUAAUGCGGUAGUUGGUCAAUAUAGAGUUACAUAUAACUUGUUUUGGAAUUGUAAUGUGACACAGCCCAGGCGCAACAUUCCCCACGAAAGUCUUGUGUUAAUUUAAUUUUACCUAGUUAUGUAUAUAUUGCCUAUGUGCAAAAAUAAAGUUAUUUAAGUUAUUGA